AUGUUCUCCGCCGCCUCUUCAUUGCUAUCCUUAGUCUUCUUUCACCCGUUACGCAACAUUCCUGGUCCCUUCCUCGCACGCUUCAGUAAACUAUGGCUCGCAUGGCACGUCCGAAAAGGACAAUCGCACGUCCACUUCCCCAAGCUACACGCGCGAUACGGACCUAUUGUGCGCAUAGCACCCGACCAAGUCCUAGUAUGUGACGAAGACGCCAUCAAAACCGUUUAUGGAGCAGCGACGUCGUUCACGAAAGGGGAUUGGUAUCGCAUUGCUGGCGCGCCUGACAAAGGCCGGAAACCCGCCGAGGAGGUUCUCGAUAUGCUGACAGAGACCAACAUGGAGAAGUAUCGCAGGCAAAGAAGAGCUAUCGGGCCGGCCUACAGCAUUGCGGGGUUAGAAAAGCAUGAGGGAUUACUUGAUGCCUACAUCGAUCAGUUUGUUGGCAGGCUGGAAGAGCUUGGAGGGAAAGAGGUGGAUCUGGCAGAAUGGACCCAUAUUUUCGCCUUGGAGUCCAUGAGCCAGUUCACUCUAGGCAAGCGACCAGGAUACACGGAGAAAGGCAGUGACGAAGGGAACGGAGAUGCCAGUGAUGCGUUGUGGCAGUGCUUUACCGUUAUUGGUAUCUUCCCAGGCUUCGUAAAGCUGAUGCAUGCGAUACCGAAAGUCGGCAUGUUGCUCGUCCUACCAGCUAGCUUACUCCUGGGUGUUAGACUACCGAAGGUCUGGCCCGUCUUCAGCUUUUCUGCUCCGAACAUCAUGCAACGAUUGAAAGCAUUGGAAAGCACGAGGGAUGUCAAGUUUCCAGGGGACCGUCCGGGCCUCUUUCAUGAUCAAGGCACAGAUGUGGAGACAUCGGAGCAACAAGGGGACGGCAUUGAAGAGACGGAUAUGCUGGCUACUCUGAUGCGUCUGCAUCAUGGCAAGGAGGCACGUUUCCCUCCUUCAUGGGUUCUCUCGAUAGCUCUUACCAACUUCGGCGCUGGACACGACACGCUCAUGUUCACCCUUUCUUCGGUCAUUUACCAUACAUACAGGUCGCCAGCCAUCCUCACCCGCCUACGUAAAGACAUGGAAAGCCAGGGCAUCUCAAAAAAUACCAAAUAUUCCGAAAUGAUCCAGAAGGUACCAUUGUUCCUCGCCAUUAUGAAAGAAAGCAUGAGGAUCUGGCCGACGCUCGGAUGGUACAUUCCUCGCCUUGUACCUGCUUCAGGAGCUACACUAUGCGACACCUAUCUUCCACCUGGUACUACGGUCGGGACUAACCUAUGGGCGUCACACUUCGAUCCUGAGAUCUUCGCGAAUCCCCAUGAUUUUGACCCAGAUAGAUGGCUAUCUGGUGGCAGUGAGGAUAAGAUUAGAGAGAUUGGUAGGAUGGACACAAGCCGGGGAUCAGAUGAGAUUGGCGACUUUCCUGAUAUCAUAGUCACAUCGCACGAUGAGCUCAACACGCCGGGAAGACCACGCAUCGAUCUUGAACCUUUGUUCUACGAUGGCCAUCGCCAAUAUGGAACUAGCCCUGGGAGGGGGGAUGCUGCGAGGAAGGUUCUUGAAGAUUGGGAAGAGAGAUACAAAGCCGACCCAAUUUCUCAGGUCGAUUUCUUUCGCCCGGAAGAGCUAGACUCAACCUGCGGCGCCUCUUCAAGAGACGAGGACGACAAACUGGAACUUGACGUUGGUGAUGAGCUGCUGACGGACCAUACGGUGCCCCAAAUCGUUGUUCAUCAGCCAGAUGAAUCCAACGCGUCUGCAAGAUUCACCGAGAAACCAUCGUUGAAGAAAGCACUUCCAUUGGGGCAGGAGGCACGUUUUGCGCCGGUGAAUAAUCUCGAGAAUACACUGAGGCCCGCUAUCCGUCUACGGCGACAUAGCUUUAGUAAUGUCUCCGUACAAGACCUCACCAGGGAGCCAAAUUUGAACGCGUUCGCGAAGCCAAAGAUCCAUGGAGUGAAACCCGGUGGGAAGGUUCUCAAUGACCUUCUUGGCAGUACUUCCAUGAGCCAGAUGCGCGAGAAGGCUAAAGCUAGCUUAGUAUCUUCACGACAAGGGCAACAAGACGCGUCUAGAGCUCCAUCACGUGGGAACCAGGGCCCAUCAAGCCUCAAGAAUAUUGCGAUCGGGUUUCCAAUAACACAGAUUCACUCCCGAGAUGAUCAAGGGACUGGUCAGGGCUCAAUCAGCGAACUCUUGGGCAUUCCGGCCCGUACCUUGAUGUUCUCCCGGGAUGCUGCACAUGUGCUCAAAUUCGCCGCUUCCGACGACGUGGACUUCAUGCGAUUGACAAUGCUAAUGAAAGCCAAUGUCCAAUUAUUUGGUCUUCUGCGAGCGUCCAUCGAUAACAACUCAAGGGAGGUAGACGCCCUACUCAAAGAGGGUGUCAACCCCAAUCUGCGUGACAGGCUGUAA